AUGCAAGACUACAAGGUCCACAUAAAACACACAGACGGGUCCUUCGAGUACGUCCCCUACUUCUGCCUGCCAGCAAAGGACCUGAAUGACGUCAUUGCGCCGUCAUGCUACAGCUGCUUUGACUACCCCAACGCGCUGGCAGACAUAGUGGUGGGCUACAUGGGUGUGCCCUACCAGGGAGUGGACAUGACUAAGCACCUGCAGUACGUCACAGUCCGCAACGAGAGGGGCCGAGAGAUGCUUGAUGCUCUGGGCGCCGCGGGGCAGCUGGUGCGGGUGCCAGCGGAGAGCCGCGGGGACAGGCGGCCGCUCGUGAUGCAGCAGCAGCAGCAGCAGCAGCAGCAGCAGCAGCAGCAGCAGCAACAGCAGCAGCCCGCAGCAGCAUCGCUGUUGGCGACCGUCAUCUCUGACGACCAGGCCAAGCUGGGCACCUUCCAAGACCCCGCCCCCCUGUGGCUCGGCAACAUCAUUGCCUGGAUCCUGAAUCUGGUCGGGCCAAAGGGCCUCGAGUUUGCCAAGUACAGCAUUGACUACCAUUACAUCCGCAACUGGCUGUACUGCCAGCGCCACAUGGGGCCGGACAGGGCGGCCCGCCACGUCCCGGAGUUUGCCAAGCGGAUCCUGGAGCAGUACGACGGCCCCAAAGGCGAGGUGCGGGCGCGGCUGGCGCUCAAGCCCAAGGCGUGA